AUGGCACAGGUAGCUGACUUCUCUGUUUUCAGUGUUUUGGUGACAGGAUCCAAUCGGGGGAUCGGUCUGGGUCUGGUGAAGAGAUUUCUGGAGUUGCCCUGUCCACCCAAAUGGGUCUUUGCUACAAGCCGUGAUAUGGAAGGGGAGAAAAGCAAGGAGCUGAAGGAGUUGUUAUGCAAGCAUCCAAAUCUGGUGGUAUUGCAAUUAGAUGUCACUAAUCUCGAGAGCAUCCAGGCAGCUCUGAAGAGAGUGGAAAAGUGUGUUGGAGAAGGUGGGCUGACCCUCCUAAUUAACAAUGCUGGCAUUUGGGUGUACAGUGAUACGGAAACAGAAAAUGCCAAGGAUAUGAUGAGAGUUUACUCUGUUAAUACCAUCGCUCCACUGCAAAUAAGUCAGGCCUUCCUACCCCUGCUGAAGAAGGCAGCCCGGAGACGCCCACGUCAAGGGCUGAGCAGCUGCAAGGCAGCCAUUGUCAAUAUAUCCAGCAAUUCAGGAUCAAUGGAACUUGUUGCUUAUUGGAAUGUAGGACCAUCAAUUGCAUAUCGCUGUAGUAAGGCUGCUUUGAACAUGCUUACCAAGUGCCAGUCUCUUGAGUACGCAGCCAAUGGGAUUAUGAGCAUCUCCAUCCAUCCUGGCUCAGUUGAAACAUCUCCCAACCCAGUUCCGGAAAUCAGCGUGGAAGAGAGCACUCAAGGCAUCGUGACUGUGCUGUCCAAACUUUCUAAGGAGGACAACGGGACCUUUCUGGAUUGGUUGGGUCGUUGUGUUCCCUGGUGAUCCAUCGGUCUCACCCUUAUGUCAUUGGUUCAUAAUUCACC